AUGUCCGCUGUAAUCAAACUUAAUCAUUCAAGAUUCAAAGCAGGCGAAUUUUCCAUACGUGAUCCUACUGGAAAACAUCUUUAUUAUCGUAUCGAAUCCAAUUAUGCCGUAUUGCAUAGUCUUAAGCUCAUUGCUUAUCCAUCAAAACAAGAAGUUGGUCAAUUAAAAGCUGUAAUAAAACCAUUAGUAUACAAAGCAGAAAUUUCAAUUUUAGAUCCUGAAAGAAAUCAAUUUGUUAAUGGUUUAAUUGAACAAAAUUUACAAUUAUUUGGUAGUUUAUUUAAUAUUGAUUGGAAUGGUAAUCAUUUAAAAAUGGAAACUGAUGUUGGCUCAUUUACAACAAAGUUUCUUGAUGAAAAGGGCGAAUUGUUAGCACAAUUCAGACUACAACCUAGUUCGAUAUUUUGGACAAAAAAAUAUGAUAUGCAAAUAUUUUCCACCAAAUAUCCAGAACAAAUUUAUUUUUUAGGAUUAGCCGUUCGUGAUCAUAAUGGUUCACAGAACAGAAGUGGAUAA